UUUUUUUUGUUUGAUUAAAUAAUGCUAAGAUUCUGCUAUCUCUGAUAUUGUUUCAGCGGAAAAGAUGAAUUUUAAACAUAAUGGCUAAGCUCCUUAAUUGUAAUUUUUUUUUUAAUAAUGAUUACUAUAAGAUUUUGAUUAUCAAUAGGGCACAACGGAUAAAAAGUAUUCUUAAUAGGACACACGUAAAAAUUCAAAUUGCAUUUUAGUUCUUUACUUUCAAGCUUUCCCUAAAAAUUUUCACGUACAAUUUGGGUUUAGUGUUUUGAAUUAAAUUCUUAUUACUUCCAUUGCUUUUGAGCAAAGCGGAAUAAAGUAAUAAUUUUCAAUUUUCACUAAAAUUGAUUUAUGAUAAUGUAGCUGGCAACAUAGUGAACGUGCAGCAGCUCUGUCUCCGGUUCUAAUGCAACAAAUAUGUUGCAGAUGAUGGUUCAUGUAUCAAUCAACGUUAAGGUGUCUGUCGUGUUAUUAUCCUUGUAAUCUACAGAUCUUUAAUUGUUGCAGGUAAUCGAGAAGAUGAGAGGAAAAUUGCCUAAUAAAUCAGUGGACGAGCAUCCAUACCGAGCAAUGUAUUCCAGCUUGAUUGGUGGAAUCAUUCUUGAUCCGACUCUAAUGGUCAUUCCAAUAGAUGAUCACAUGGUCCAUAGAGGACAUGGAGUGUUUGACACAGCGCUUCUCAUGAAUGGGUAAUUGAGCAUUGAUAAUAAACAUUUGAUGAUCAUGCUUUUGACUCUAAGCGUACAGAUACAUAUCGUGCUUAAAUAUUGUUAGUCCGCCUGUUCAUUGAUCUUGUUUUGUGAAGCAUGUGCUUGCUUGUCCAUUGGGAGAAUCAAUGACAAAAAUGUCUUUGUUUCUCUAUCACAGAUUUCAUUAAGAGCAACACCAAGUUCAUAAAUAGGAAUUUCAACAUCCUCGUCUGUUUUCCAUUCCAUAAUAUCUUAAUCAUAACAAUUACAGUUUAUCAAUUUAAAUGUAGUAAUCUCCAUGAAAAAAAAAAGUUAAUCCAAGGAAAUCAGCUUCUAAAUCUCAACUAAUCCGAACAAGUUUCAAAAAUGAAGCUUCGGUUCUUAUAAUCAGAAAUUAAAAUAAAUCUAAAAUAACACAUGCAUCGAAUUAAAUAAUUAAUUGCUCAGAAACAUUACUUAUGAUCGUUAUUCUGGACUAGUGCAGAUGCUUGUAUGACAUGGAUUCACAUUUAGACCGAUUCCUCAAAUCUGCUUCAGCAGCAAAAAUAUCCCCACCGUACCCUCGUGAAACUAUCAAAGAAAUUCUUCUCUUUCUUGCAGUUGCGUCAAAGCUCAAGACCGGCUCCAUUCGCUACUGGCUAAGUUCUGGACCAGGUGAUUUUUUAGUAUCGCCGCCAAGAAAUUCAACGCCCACAUUCUACUCAGUAGCCAUAGCCAAAGAGUUUAGCCGAAUAUUGGAAGGUGUUAAGGUCAUAACAACAACAAUUCCAACAAAGCCUCCAAAAUUUGCAACAAUAAAGACAGUAAAUUACCUUCCUAAUGUUCUUUCUAAAAUGGAGGCCGAGGAAAAGGGUGCCUAUUCCUCAAUCUGGGUAGAUGACCAAGGCUAUGUGGCGGAAGGUCCUAACUGUAAUAUUGCAUUUGUAAGCAAAGAAAGAGAACUUCUACUUCCUAGACCAGAAAAGAUUUUGUUUGGUUGCACUUCUAAGAGGCUGCUCAUUCUCGCAAAUAAACUGAUUGGAAAAGGAAUUCUGAAGAGUGUGCGCACAAGAGAUAUAUCUGUUGAAGAGGCAAAGGGUUCAGCUGAGAUGAUGUUUGUCAGUAGCUUAAUUCCAAUAAUGCCUGUGGUUGAUUGGGAUGGAAAACCCAUUGGAGAUGGUAAACAACUAUCUUUUCUUUUCUGGUGAAUCUGAAAUUUCAUUUGAAUUACAUUGUUUUUGUUUCAAUUUUAAUAAUAUUACAGGAAAUAUCGGAGAAGUGACUCGAGCAAUCUCGGAUCUUUUUUGGGAGGAUAUAAUUUCAGGGACACAGA